CCCUAUGAAAGCAAGGAGGAUUGGGAACUUUGUUAUUGGUUGAGCAUGGAGGGUGUUUCACAAGGAGGGAUUAAUCGCUUCCAAAAGCUUAAAUGGGUGCACCAUCCGCAUCCACCAAGUUGGAAGGAUGCAGCUUCAAUGUACGAUCGGGCGAAGACAAUGCCAGGCCCACCUUCAUGGAGGUCCGAUACGAUAAUCCUCAAAGAAGCGCCCAAUGAGCCACAAACACUCUACUGGCAUGAUCCGGUGGAAUGUGUGCACUUCCUAUUCCAGAAUCCAGACUUUGAUGGGGGUAUUGCCUAUGCGCCCUCAUGGGUGUAUUGUUUGGAUGGAACACGGGUUUAUUCGGAGAUGACGACGGCAAACGAGUGGCACUUUCAGCAAGUAACUCACAUCAUCCAGUUAGAGUCCUCAAGCUCACAGUGA